AUGGUGGUGACGUACACAGUUAACCGUUGUCUCUGCCAUGUAGAUCUCGAGCGCAAGCGCACCCGGAGCCCCGAUAACCAGACUGCCACGCCCGCCUUAGUAGCCACUGAUACGGAUGCGCAGCCCGGUUCAGAUCUGGGGCCCCUUAUCGAGGCUGCAUCGCCUAGCGACUUUGAGGAAGACGAGUUUCAGCCCAGCGACUACGACGAAGCCUCUAUGGCCGAUUCGACCUCGAUUGGCUCGAGCAUAUACUCCCACAGCUUUCACAAUGGACGCCGAUACCACAAGGCAUGUUUACCAUAUCGGCAUGGCCGCUAUCCCAUACCAAACGACGAGAUAGAGCAAAACCGCGAAGACAUGCUGCAUGCCAUGAUGAUGGAGGUCACCGAUGGCAAGUUGUUCUAUGCGCCCGUAAGUGAGUACCCACAGAAGAUCCUAGACUUGGGCACAGGCACGGGAAUCUGGGCCAUGGAAGUUGGCGACAUGUUCCCCAGCGCCCAAGUUACAGGUCUUGAUUUGAGUCCCAUUCAGCCGAUAUGGGUGCCACCCAACGUCAAAUUCGUCGUGGAUGAUGUCGAGGAUGAAUGGUGUGAGGGGGACAACCACGACUUCGUGCAUCUACGGAACAUGAUACCGAUUUUGAAGUCGCCAACAAAGCUACUCAGAGACGUCUACAACAACCUGAAGCCUGGUGGCUGGGUCGAGCUUCAGGACGUCGACGGUGCGGUACACUGCGAUGAUCAAAGCAUACCGGAUGAUUGGCCCAUCUCGGUCUUCUGCAACCUGAUGGUAGAGGCAUUUGCCAAGCUUGGAACAACAUCGCACGCCGCCAUGUUGGGUAGGGAAUACCUAGAACAAGCAGGUUUUGUGAACAUCAUGCACCAUACAGCAAAGCUGCCAUAUGGAACAUGGCCGAAAGACAAGACUAUGCGAUUAGUCGGCCACUACUACCGCCUCGCGGCCGAAGAGUUCUUCCCAGCCAUGGGCGCCAUACAGAUGCCUCUGCUUGGCUGGUCCAAGCCCGAAAUUGAAGUUUUCUUCGCGCAGUGCAGAAAUGCCAUGAGGGAUGACAGUGUGCACGCUUACGGCCUCAUGCACUUCUGGAGCGGGCAGAAACCCGAAAAUGCGGCAUGA